UUUCUUCGAAACUAUGCACGCUACCGCAAAACUAGCUUAGCUGUACAUUAGUGAAGCAUUCUGGGAUAGCAAAGAUUUCAGAAAAGAUGUGAUUAAAACAUCUACACUAAAUUGUCUUUAUAGGCGUAAGAAAGAUUUGAUAAGGCGCGAUUUCAAGUUUGAAUAACUUAGCUAUGUUUUAUUUACUUAAAACAAUUGUUAAGUUAUCGCAAACUUAUACAGCACAACAGAAAACCGGACUAAAAUUUUACCUUUUAUAUUGCUUGUAACUUAUCAAGUGGAUCAUGGAAGCUGACAAAAAGAGGCGGAAUUACAAGCUGUUGGUUGAUCCUAUGUUGAGAGGUGGAUCAACAAAGAUCUACAGAUUUGAGGGCAUUGAUCCAACGGAUAAUAGGCUCGUACAUGUUCGAGACCCAAGGUCUAGAUUACAGAGGUUAUGGACUCAACGAAUGCCAGCAGAUUUGCCUGUUCCAAGGUUCAAGUAUGACAACUUUUAUGUUGGUGAACCCCCACCAAAUGAGGUCACAUUCACAAAUUUAAAUGACAACAUCAGCAAAGACUUCUUAGAAAACAUGGUGAAACAGUUUGGGCAGCUUGAAGAGGUCAAAAUUUACUAUAAUCCAAAGAACAAGAAACACAUGGGUAUAGGAAAGGCUAUAUUCAUGUCAUCCAAGGCAGCAAAGAUGUGUGCAGACAAACUAAACCAGACCUCGAAAAUGGGGAACAUAAUGAGUGUUUAUGUUGACUCUGGAGGGAAAGAAAGACAAAAACUCAUUGAAGAUAUCCUCUGUGAUCAGCCGAAGCCUUCUGUGCCUGUUCCUGUGGCUCUGAACACAGAUCCUAGGAGUAGGCGUUUGUCAUCAUCGUUGUCUGGAAAUGCUAGCUUCUCUGACACAAGCUUUGAACAGGAGGCCUAUGACCCAGAGUUGGAAUUCCAGAGCCAGCGAAAACCUGAAAAUUUAAACUUCCAUGGAGAGAAUAUGGGCCCCCACAGUGCAGACACUGGGUAUUCAUCAGGAACCCCCAUUUCAGCAUUUUCUCAGGGCAGCUUUUCACACAAACAGGAAACAAGCAAAGGUUCAUUUGAUAUAACAAAUACAGGAUUGACCCCUGGUUUGACCCCAGCUAUGACCCCAAAUAUGACUGGCGGUAAUUUUCAAUUUCCCCCUCCAUCAAAUCAGUUUAAUCAAGGAAACAACAGAUUCAACAAUCAGCCGAAUGACAGUGGAGGAGGAUUUGGAAACCAAGGAAGUGACAGUUAUGGAAAUCACAGCAGUAGAGGAUUUCGUGGACAGGAUAAUUUCUCUCAUCAGAAAGGAAAUGUGUUUAAUGAUCCAAACAAAAUCGACUUUUCUAUACCUCCCCCUAAUUUUAAUUCAAACAACAUGCCUCCACAUGUACAACAGAAUGAUAGGAAUUUCCACAGGCAGGAUUCAGGACGAUAUCAUGAUCGACACAACUACAGAAAUCGUGAAAGAAGAGAUAGUCGUGAUGGGUAUGAUAGAAUGGACAGAGGUGGUCGUGGGGGUCGUGAUUGGAGGAAAGAUAGAAAUGACCGUGGACAUGAUCAUCGAAAUCGAGAUUUCAGAGAUAACCGGUAUGAGGGACGAAAUCGUGAUUAUGACAAUUCAUACAACCGACGAGAUCGUCAUGGAAACAGGAGAGAUGACAGGGACAGAGAUUUUAACCAUGAUAAAAUGGAUCGGAAUUUUGAUAAUCGUAACAACAGAUUACAUGAAAAUAGAAUGUAUGAUAAUAGAAACAGUUCUGAUUAUGAUAACAGGGAUCCAAGAAGUUUUGAUAGGGAUGGUAAUAAGCCAAGGAGCUUCAGAAGAGACAGUCUUGAGAAGGAGCAGCCCCCACCACCCAGGCCCCAGACUCCACCAAUGCCUCCUGAGCCAGCAACUACAGAGGAGGAACCAAGAUCCCAAAGUCUGGAAUCCCGUAUUCAGAGCUUGCUGCAAAAUGUAGGAGGGAUUUCUGAUGGAUUUGGAAGCCCAUCAGAUGAAUCUACCAGUGAUUCAAGGAAGAAGGAACAGACUCCACCUUCAGGGAGGUACAAUAAUAAACAUGGAGAUGUGUCAGAUAGAUUACCCAAAACACCACAGGAAAAUUGUGUAGAAGCUCAAAAACCUAGGACCCCUUUUGAUUAUGGGCAGGACUAUACACCUGUCUCUCACGAAGGGGAAAGAAUAGAUAGAAAAUUAACUCAUAAUUUAGAUUUUCGGGAAAGCAAUGCCCAGCUUAAUGGUACUGCUUUAACAAACUUGACUCCCGAUAACAUUCCAGUUGUUCCUCCGGGGACAAGUGAAGAUGUAACCCAGGACGACGAUGAAAUGAGUAUAUCUUCAGGAAACAGUGAUGACCAAAAUAUAGAAGUCAAUCCCAUAAUUCCCGAUGGAUCAGUCCCUGAUGUGGCCAACAGUGCUAACUUUGUAACUAAUCAGACAAUGAAUCCGUGGCAAAUACAGAACAUGGGUAUGGACUAUGCGCAAAAUUUUCCAAAUUAUAACUUUAUGGGUGCCAACAAUAUGCAGGUUUACAACCAGAAUUUUUACAAUCAGUAUAACAAUGACAUGAUGAACCAGUCUCCAAUGAUAGGGCAGACAAAAGCGGAGAGUGAAGCAAUGGAGAAAAAGUUCAUAAAUGUGUUGGAAGGUUUCGUGAAGGAACUCAAGUCAGUCAUGCAGAAAGACAUGUGUAAGAAAAUGGUGGAAAACUCUGCAUUCAAGUCUUUUGAUGGCUGGUGGUCAGAUGAAUCGGAAAAAUUUAAACAAGUGCAAUCAGCUCGUCUCAUUCCUGAAAAGACACCUGAAAAAUCCACAUCUUCAUCCAAACCGUCCACAAUAACUGUUGGCAAGAGUGAGGUCACAUCCACACUGGCCUCGCUUUUUGAACCUCAACAUCCAUGGUCCAGGGAAGGGGAGAUCAACAUGGGAGGAUUCAUGGGGGGUGGAUUUCUUGGUAUUAGGGGUGGAAUGCCCAGACUACCAUCAUUUAAGAAAAAAUAUAAACCACCUUCACCACCUCCAGAGGAUGAAAGCAAACAAUCUAACAGAAAAAUGGGAGAGUCCUCAGAAAAGAAAGAUAACAAGUCAUCGAGAAUAUGCAAGCCUAUAUACAGUUCCAGUGAGGAUGAGGAAGAGUCUGAGGAUGAAGAAGAGGACAACGAAGACAAGGACAUUGUAGACAGCAGUGAGGAAGAGAAGGAAAAUGUUGACAGCAGUGAGGAGGAGGAUUCAGAGGAGGAAGAGGAGUCAGAAGAAGAGGAGUCAAGUGAGGAAGAGGAGGAGGAAGAGGAGAAAGAGGAGGUUACUGUAAAGAAAAAGAAAGAACUGGAGGAAAAGAGUAGAGAAACAGAGGAGAAAGAAGAACUGAAGAACAUAUCAGUUGAUGAUGAGGACAGCAGUGAUGAAAGAGUAGAUGUUGAGGAAGAGAGUGAGGAGGAAAGAGAAGAAAUUAAAGACUCACCCCAAAAACAGAUCUCAAAAGAAGAAAAACCAGUGAAGGAAGAAGAGGAAGUGAUGCCUGUUAUUCCAGAGGAGGCUGAGGCUUCAGGGUUUGAGACACUGCUGAAAGCUUCAGAGAUCCUCAGUCAGCGUGAACAGGAUAAAAAACUUGCACCUUCUAUUCCGCCCUCUGUUGCUGAAGCUAAGGAAGAGGACAUGGAUCAGGAGAAAGAGAAACCAAGUUUCUUGGUAGAACAUGAUUAUGUGUUGCCACCUCCUACUGCAGAGGGCAAUGACAGUGAUGGUACGAUGUCAGCAGAUGAGGAUGAAAAUACCACACCAUAUGAAGUAUUCAUGGACCACAAUUACUGUCUUCCACCCCAGCCUCAUAUUAAAGACCUGGUGGAACAACAGAAACCUCAGGUGACAGACCUGGUACAUGAGCUUGCAAAACCAACUCCAGCAGCAGAAAAGAAAAAGAAGGAGCCUGCUGUAAAGAAAGAGAGGAAGAGGAAGCAGCCAUUGAAAGAAUCUACCUCCUUCAAUGUGAAUGACUUCUUGAAUAGGUCAAAAGGCAGCAGAGAGCUUAUCAAUCUUCUGCCUUCCCCUAAACCAAUCAAAAAAUUCCCUCCUAGGAAGAUGGAAGAAGAGCGACUUGUAUUCUUUGAUAUGUAUAGCAAAGGAAUUGAUGAUGAAGACAUCAAAUACAUGAAAAUGACUUAUGAACAUCUACUUGAGUCGGAUGAUCCCAUGGGAUAUUGGGUGAAUGAUAUUUUGUGGGUGGAUCAUCCAUGUACCAAUAUUCCAGAUCCGGUACCAUCCAAAAAGAGGAAAAAGAAUGAAAUGGAGUUUCCUAAACCCCAUAAAACAGGAUGUGCAAGAACAGAAGGGUAUUAUAAGUUGACAUCCAAAGACAAGACCUGGCUCAGUAAUCCACAGGACACCGAAAAAACAGAACCACCAGAAACUGUCAGGGAAAAGAAGACUCAGAAGUCGAGAGAGGCUCGUCAUGAAAACAGAAGACUCCAGGUUACCAUUGCUGACUCGCAGUAUUUAGAUCUCUUCAAGUUUAACCAAUUUAGGCUGAGAAAGAAACAGUUGAAGUUUGCUCGCAGUGGCAUUCAUGACUGGGGCCUAUUUGCAUUAGAACCUAUCGCAGCUGAUGAAAUGGUGAUUGAAUACGUAGGAGAAAGUCUUCGGCAGUCCCUUGCAGACUUGAGGGAGAAGAAAUAUGAAUCAGAAGGUUGUGGCAGCAGUUAUCUCUUCAGAGUGGACACGGAGACCAUCAUAGAUGCCACAAAAUGUGGCAACUUGGCCAGGUUCAUCAACCAUUGUUGUAAUCCAAAUUGUUAUGCAAAAAUCAUCACUGUGGAAUCACAGAAGAAAAUUGUGAUAUACUCAAAGAGAGACAUUGAUGUUAAUGAAGAAAUUACAUACGAUUACAAGUUCCCAAUAGAGGAUGAAAAGAUUCCGUGUCUGUGUGGGGCUCCUAAUUGUCGAGGCACUCUUAACUAGUACUAGCUGGUAGAUACCAUCAAUUAGCCCUUUCUUGGUGAUGGACUAGCUGCAUCCAGAAAUGUUCUCUGUCAGCUGAACAGAGAGCAGAGGGACUUACCCAGACUGUGGCUGAUAAUGGAAACUACACCUUACCUGUCUCAUUUUAUUAAGAUAAUGGAAGUGUAUAUUCCCCCAAUAGAAUGUUUCAAAAAUAUACAUCCAAGGAAAACUACAUGAUUUUUUUUGAAGAAAUUUGUUUGCAGUAAUCGCUGUAACUGUUCAAACGUAUAGAUAGCAAGUUCUUUUGGCAUUUUAUACAUACACACUUUCGUAUUCUCUCAUUUUAUGGCAUGUUGGUAGCUUAUCUGAUAUUCAAACAUGAUUUUGUUGGGAAAAUGUACUUAAUCAAUCUGUUCAGUUGAAAGAUAAAAGUGAGGUUCAUGGGAUUAGCCAUUGAAGAAUGCUUGAUCUGUGAGAAAUUAAAUUAAGGGAGUUUGAUGUGGUACAUGUAAGUAAAUGUUGAGAUUGACUUGAUAUAAUAUGAAAUUCUAGAAAUCCUCAUCGAAAGUGUAUUGAGUUACUUAGCGUAACUUUAUUCCAAACAUAUAAAAGAAUUAGUGAAACACAAUUACGUAAAAUCAAAGUGAUUUUACUGUACAUAGAGUGCUAGUGCAUGUUGUUAGUGUAUUUGAUUUAGUCUUAAAGACAGAUUGGAAUGAUGUCAUUUUAUAUUUGUGUGUUUAAUGCAAGGUGUGUGAUUGUGAUGAGUUAUUAUGGAGGGAGUGAGAGUAUGAAUAGUGCUGAUGACAUGUACUCAUCUAAAGUGUGCACUUGACCUGGGCAGCUAUUGAAUUUUUCUUUCAUGCCAUGUGUAGUAUUUUUAUUGAGAUAUUUACUGAGUGUAGAAUUGUUUAACUUCACUGCCAAAUUAAACCAUCUGUUAAAGAAUUCUAUAAAUUUUUAGUAUCCAAGCAAAAUUUAGAGAGACAAAAAUCAUACAUGUACAUCGGAGAAGUUUACAUGUAUUGCAUUAAUUUUUUUUUUUUUUUUUUUGCUGUUUUGUUUCAUGUUAUAAGUUGUUGCAGUUUCGAAAAUUUAUUUUUGAACAUAUUUAUUGGUUUUAAUGGAGAAUUGGUAUUUUUAGAUAUUAAAGGCAAAAAAACCUUUAUGAAUAUUUAAAUAUAGUAACAAUUGCUUGUUAGCUCUCCUGAACCUAAGGUUCGAGUUAGCUUUUCUGAUCAAAGUUGGUCUGUUAUUCUCUUUUCAUGUAUUCUGCAGAACCAUUAGGCCACACAACAAAUCAUCCAUGUGGCUUAGGGAUUCAGAUUUGCUCUACUAGGGGGGCACUUUCCCUUCCAAUUAUUAAAUAUUAUUGAAAGACUCCGUACCCAUUUUGAUGCUCUAGAACCCAAAAGUUUUCCUGUUGGGAUAAAUUAAUUACAAUUGUCAAAGUAUGUGUUGAGUGGAAACAUGCUGAAGCAGUUAGUAUACACUUGUCUCCUUAAGAUGGGGCAGUUGGAUGCUAAAGCUAAUGAUUCAUAUCUUUAAAAGAACAGUGCUACUCAGGUGAGCAACUUUUACCAUAGACCUCUUGUUUAUGAAUUUGCUUUAAAUAGUUGACUAAUUUUGUUUCGGUCAUCUGGGUCACUCAGGUGACCUAUUGCUAUUGGUCUUUGUGUGUCAUCCGUCAUGUGUUAACUUUUUGUUUAACUUCUUCAAUUCUUUCCAAAUUUGGUAUGAAGCAGACACUGUUAUUUUCAGGACUCCUGCACCCCCGGAACCUUAACGGAGGGGCAAAAACUGUCAAAAUCGACCAAUUUUAAAAAAUCUCUUAAGGAAAACUAAAUGCAUACCAUAGUCAUGUAGAGCAGGAAGGCCUCUACCAAAAUUAUAAAUUUCAUGUUCCCGUAGUUGAUAAUUGAAGGAAGACUUUAAUAGAUUUUUUGGUGUCUGAAGAUCCAGCAGUUAAACAUGGAAUUGCAAAAUUGGGGAAAUAGCAUAACCACUCUUCUCUCUCCUUACAACCUAGUACAUCUAGGAAUUCAUUUCUCUUCAGGGCCCUUACUGACUGUCUUUUUUUCUCUUCCAAUUCACAUAAUUGAAUUCGUGAAUUAACUUUCACAAAGUGUAUCCAAGAAUUGGAUAUGCUCUGAAAAUUUCAGCAUAAAAUGGUUAUCGGUGUAGACAGUUAGAAACCAGUAUUUUUUUAUGACUGUAUUGUGAUGCAUGUGCAAAUUCAUGAUUAUUGAGACAAGAUCACCAUCUGUUAAAAUUUUCAUCUGUAAAUAUUGUUUACUUGUGUAAGAGAGUAUCCCUAGUUGCAUAGUGCUUUUAUACUUGUACAGUUGGUUGAAGAUUGUUAUUCUUUGAAACAAUGUUCUGUACAGUUUUCUAUGUCAUCCUUGUACACAUUGAAUUGAAUACUAUUUUAAUAAAUGUUAAACUAA